AUGGAGAGAAUCGCGUGGGGAGCAACUGCCGCCAUUGAUAAGACCAAAAAAUUGACCGUUAUGAAACAGCCUUUUCCUGAGGCCAGACACGAAGUUACCUUUGAGAGGCAGGUCUACGAGAGGUUGGGAGCACAUCCACGAAUUGCAAGAUUUAUUCGUCCGUUAAGUCACACCUUUGAGAUGGAAUAUUAUCAGAUGGGCUGCAUCGAUCAAGCAAGACAGAAAAUAGAAUUCGAAAUACCGUACCUUAAAUGGGCUGAGCAGAUUGCAGAAGGCCCGGUUUUUAUACACAGCAAGGGCGUCAUUCACUAUGACCUAAGGUCGCCCAAUAUACUGGUAACUGAAACAUUAGAUGUCGUUUUAGCCGACUUUGCCUCAAGUUCAAUGGAUGGGGUCAGGGUUUCUAGCGUGUACAACAAGACUAGAUAUCGACAACCAAGCUUCGAUGAGUUUAAGUACGAAAGCUAUCAAUAUACCAUCCAGGAUGAUGUUUUUGCGUUUGGUAGUGUGAUAUACGGCCUUAUUACCGCAGCAGAGCCGUAUCAAGAGCGAACAAGUGAAGAAGUUAUCAAGCUGUAUGCUGCGGGGGCUGUGGCUACCAAGUGUUGGUGUGGUGAAUACUCCAAUGCAGCCCAAGUUCUCGAAGAUAUUAGUCAGUAUUAA